AUGGAAGACACCCAGAUGUCACGCGCUACCGCUUCUUACACAGCUCGUCUUGACCGGACUCUGAGAAAGUUACAAGACAGAGUCAAAGAGCAAGAAGCUGUCCUGGAGAAGCUUCGUGCGUCCACAACCUCAAUAGAUACUGUGCCAUCUGACGACCCUACAUCUCACCUACAGCAAUUACGCGCCCUCAAGGCUACCUAUGAGACUCUUACACCGACAGAUCCAUACCUCCCAUCUCCAGAAUCUCCAAUUCCAGGCCUUCUGGCUCUUCGUAAUACAGACAAGUGCAUCAAGGAGACGCGGGACUGUAUCUCUCAGACCGAAGUCGAACUCCAGGAGAUCCAGAAGAGACUGGAAAAAGAGCAAGCGGAUCUUAAAGAUGCGAAACUGGUCCAGGCCGGGCUGCAGACCCGAAUAUCGUCGCUGAAAGGGCAGAUAGAGGAGCGCGCACAAAAACCACCACGUCAAGUAGCCAAGGCUAUGAUACUUGAGAUGGAGAAGAAAAAGGCUUAUUACGAUGCUGAGACUAAGAAACUGAUUAGGGCAUUCAAUGGAUUUAUAGACGGACAUUUGGCAGCUAUGCUUGCGGCCGAAGAGCUAGGGGGUCCUAUAGUUGGAGAAAUGGUGGAUGUCGAUCAGUCAAUGCUGGAAGCCGGAUUCAGUACGCAAGGAAAAGCGAGGAAGGUCAAGGGCAGUGUGAACGAGGACAAGCGCCAACGUCGAAUUGAUCAAAUUUGGGGAACAAGACCUCUCCAGGACGCUCAACCCCAAGAACCGUGGAAUGAGCAACGAGCAGCGGCUGCAGAAAUGCGCGAAUUGACGGAGCAACUCCUAAAUAGUCUUGUUGAGGCUGGAGAAGGCGGCUCAGGGUCGUAUGUGGAGCUCGCAAGGGAAUCUGCUGCAGCAAGGUUUCUCGUGAGAUCGAAAGUCGCGCAGUUUCAUCCAAGGGAUGCCAGGAAACUGCGGCUUAUUGAUUUUGGACAUGAAUUAGAUGACUGA